GCGACCGUUGGCCCUCAGGCGGCGCCAUCUUGCGCGGCCCCUUCCACCCCACCUUCCCUGGGCGCCUCAGCCACAAGCGCCCGACCAGGGCGAAGAAGAGGGGCCGCAGGAGAGGCCAUGCCUGUGCCGCAGUCACCCAGCUCCAGCUCCUCCUCCCGGCUCAGGAGCCUCAGGAACGCCACAAGCAGCUCUCAGGCCUCUUUGGCGUUGAAUGAGGAUUCGGACUCCGCCCCGACUUCACCCGAAGAGUAUGGCGGCGACUGCCCUAGCGAGGACAGUGACUUUGUGGAGAUGUUCCAGCUGCAGCCGAAGAAGCGGGCGGCCAGGCACCCGCCCAAGUCGCCCCAGAAGGCAAAACGUUUGAGGAAGGAGGCCAGGGGUGGGUGGGGCCGCCAGACCCGGGAGGAGCUCCAGGAGCAACCCCAGGAGUCCCCGCCCAGCGACCUCUUCGAAGCCGUGAAACUGGGCAGGAGCGCCAUGCAGGCUCUGGUGGACGACUGGCUGGAGAGCUACAAACAGAAUCGCGACUUGGCGUUCCUCGAACUGGUCAAUUUCAUCAUCAGAUCUUGUGGCUGCAAAGGCACGGUGACCCUGGAGAUGUUCAAGACCCUGCAGAACUCAGAGAUCAUCCAACAGAUGACGGAGAAGUUUAACGAGGACUCGGUGGAAUACCCCUUGUCAGCCUCCGGCCCGACCUGGAAGAAAUUCCGGGGGAGUUUCUGUGAGUUCGUCAGCUCGCUGGUGCAUCAGUGCCGCUACAGCUUCCUCUACGACGAAUUCCUCAUGGAUACCCUCAUCUCCCUGCUCACGGGCCUCUCCGACUCCCAGGUCCGCGCCUUCCGCCACACCAGCACCCUGGCCGCCAUGAAGCUGAUGACGGCGCUGGUGAGGGCGGCCCUGCACCUGAGCCUGCACAAGGACAACAACCAGCGCCAGUACGAGGUAGAAUGCAGCAAGGGGCCCGGGCAGCGGGCACCCGAGCGCGUAGAGAAUCUGCUGCAGAAGCGCAAGGAGCUCCAGGAGCAGCAGGAGGAACUCCAGGGCAUGAUGAACAGCAUCUUCAAGGGCGUCUUCGUGCACCGCUACAGGGACGUCCUGCCGGAGAUCCGCGCCAUCUGCGUGGAGGAGAUCGGGAGCUGGAUGCAGAGCUACAGCGCCUCCUUCCUCUCCGACGGCUACCUCAAGUACAUCGGCUGGACGCUGCACGAUAAGCAGCGGGAAGUGCGCCUCAAAUGCCUCAAGGCCCUGCAGGGGCUUUACGGCCGCAGGGAGCUCAUCGGCCACAUGGAGCUCUUCACCAGCCACUUCAAGGACCGCAUGGUCUCCAUGGUGUUGGACCGGGAGUGGGACGUCGCAGUGGAGGCCAUCAAGCUGCUGACCCUCAUCCUGGAGAACAUGGAGGGGGUGCUGACGGAAGCCAACUGCGAGAGGGUCUACCCCGUGGUGUACGCCUCCAACCGGGCUCUGGCCUCCGCGGCCGGGAGGUUCCUCUACCGGAAGCUGUUCCUCCCCGAGGAGGAGGACGAUGACGAAAUGGAGAUGGGGCGUGAGCAGCCGCAGAGACCCCACGGAACGUUUUUCCGGCUCCUGCUGGCCUUCUCGAUGGAGAGCGAGCUCCACGAUCACACGGCCUACUUGGUGGACAGUCUUUGGGACUGUGCGGGGCCUCAGCUGAAGAACUGGGAGGGUCUGUCCGUGCUGCUGCUGGAGGAGGAAAACAGCCUGGGGGACGUGCAGGAGAGUACGCUCAUCGAGAUCCUCGUGUCCAGCGCCCGGCAGGCCACCGAGGGUCACCCGCCCGUGGGCCGGGCCACCGGGCGCAAGAAUUUCUCCGCCAAAGAGCGCAGGGCCCAGGCGGAUGACCGGGUGAAGCUGACGGAACAUUUCAUCCCGCUUCUGCCCCAGCUGCUGGCCAAGUACUCGGCCGACGGGGAGAAGGUCACCCCCUUGCUCCAGCUCAUCACCUUCUUCGACCUGAAUAUCUACUGCACUGGCCGGCUGGAGAAGCACCUGGAGCUGCUGCUGCGGCAGCUGAGGGAGGUGGUGGAGAAGCACGCGGAGUCGAGGGUGCUGGAGGCGGCCGCCCGCGCCCUCUACCUGCUCUGCAACCCCCAGUUCACCUUCUUCAGCCGGGGGGAUUUCGCCCGCAGCCAGCUGGUGGACCUGCUGACCGAUCGCUUCCAGCAGGAACUCGGCGAGCUGCUGCAGGCCUCCUACCUGGACGAGGACGAGGUGUACAACAUGGCCGCCACCCUGAAGCGCCUCUCUGCCUUCCACAACGCCCACGAUCUAACCCGCUGGGAGCUGCACGAGCCAUGUUGCCGCCUCCUGCGCAAAGCCGUGGACAGCGGGGAAGUGCCCCAACAGGUGAUCCUGCCGGCCUUGACCGUUGUCCACUUCUCCGUCCUCUGGUCUCUGACCCGCCUCUCCACCACCAACCCUUCCCAGCGAGAGCUGCUGGACCUGAAGCAGAAGAUGUUGACCUUCUUUGGCUACUGCCAGAGCUGCCUCUCGGAUGUGGAUGCCGAGAUCCGGGAGCAGGCCUUCGUCUUGCUGAGCGACCAGCUCCUCGUGUUCAGCUCCCAGAUGGUGCUGGGGGGCCGCGAGGCCCUGAAGCCCCUGGUCUACCAGCCCGAGGCAACCUUGCAGGCCGAGCUAGCCAGCUUCCUCAUGGACCACGUCUUCCUCCCGGCGGGGAAGUCGGACUCCAGCUGUGGGGACGAGGAGGAGGAGGAGCCGGAUGACCAGGAUCAGCAAGAGGAGAAGUACAAACAGAUCGGGCUACUGCACCAGCGCCGGAACCUCCUGGCCGGAUUCUGCAAGCUGCUGCUCUACGGGGUCCUGGACAUGGAGGCCGCGUCCGACGUCUUCAAACACUACAGCAAGUUCCACGACGACUACGGCGACAUCAUCAAGGAGACCCUGACGCGGUUGCGGCAGAUGGACCGGAGGAAGUGUGCCCACAUCCUGCUGCUCAGCCUCAAGCAGCUGUAUACAGAGACGCUGCAGGAGCAGGGGCCCCGAGGGCUGGAGGGGCUCCCGGCCUUCGGCGAGAUGCGGGACCUGGCCCGCAGGUUCGCCCUGAGCUUCGGCCCCCAGCAGCUGCAGAACCGGGACCUGAUCGUCAUGCUGCACAAAGAAGGCAUCAAGUUCGCCCUGGCCGAGCUCCCGCCAGCCGGCUCCUCGGACCAGCCCCCGAACCUGGCCUUCCUGGAGCUGCUGAUGGAAUUCUCGGCCCGCCUCCUGCGCCAGGACAAGAAGCUGCUGCUGUCCUACCUGGAGAAAUGUCUGGACCAGCUCCCCCAGCCCCCCACCCGGCCCUGGGGGCCGGUCCUGUCCUAUAGCCGCUCCCUCAGCUCCCCGGAGGAGGCCGACACCACCCAGGGCAGCGUCCGGUACCAGCCCCGGGCCAAGAGGCGCCGUCUGGAAACUCCCUCGGCGGGAAGCCGGCCGAGGGUGCGCCGGCCUCGGGAGCGGAGCCCUCAGCUGAGCAGCUCCCCAGAGGCGCCCCGCCUCACCUCCACGGCCGUGAAGGGCCACCAGCCCGCCCGGCAGCUGCCGGAGGAAGAGGAGAUGGAGAGCUCGGAGUCGGAUUUCUUCCCGAGUCAGUCGUGGAGGGCCAGGCCGCCGCAGCGCCGCAGGUUUGACCGUACCCAGCCCGCCGUGGACAGCCAGCUGACCCGGCUCAGCCUCGUGGAGGUGGAGGAGGAGGACGAGGAGGAGAAGGGCCGGGAGCGGGAC